AUGAUACCAGCUGUGCUCCUGCUGCAACUGGCGUUAUGGCCCCUGUCGGCAUCUGCCUUCUACCCCUACACGCCCGUAUGGCGCGAAGAAGAGGAGCAUCGCACCCCAGCCGGCCAAGCCAGAAGAAGUACGGCUGAAGGGCAGGCCCGAGAUGGCUUGACAUUGAAAAUCGAGAAGAGGAAACCGCAGGGGAGUGACUCUCCUGCUCAGCUAGCCGCCGAGCAGGCUGCCUGGCUCAAGGGUAAGUUCAAGCAUGCUCGUUCUGGAACGCCAGUCGAUACCAUGGAAAAGAGACAGAGUCAAUACAAAGUCAUGGAGGCCGCGGAAUCAGGCGAAGCCAUGACUGCCGGAAUCAGCCAGGACGGAACGGACUAUUCAUAUUUUGUAAAAGCAGGCGUGGGAUCCAAGGGAAAGCAGAUGUACCUGCUCGUCGACACCGGGGCUGGAUCAACCUGGGUAAUGGGAUCGGGCUGCACCGACACACCUUGCUCCACGCACACACUGUUUGGUCAAGCUGAUUCCAGCACGUUUACCAAUACGGGCAAAUCUUUCUCCGUCUCGUACGGCUCUGGAACGGUCCAAGGCGACCUCACUACCGAUACAAUCAGUGUUGCGGGCAUCAGUUUGAGGUACACCUUUGGUCAGGCCUCAAAGACGUCGAGUGUGUUUUCGCGCUUUGCAUUCGACGGCAUUCUCGGCAUGUCGAUGACACAGGGCGACACCGACAACUUCAUGAAGGCAGUGGCGGAGGGCAAGAGGCUCGACAAGAAUUUGUUUAGCAUCCACCUCAAUCGGGCAUCAGACCGGUCGAACGAUGGCGAGAUCAAGUUUGGGUCGACAAAUCCCAGCAAGUAUACAGGGGAUAUAAGCUUCACCUCGGUCGGCUCAAAAAAUGGUGACUGGGCUGUGCAGAUGGACGACAUGGCCUACGAUGGCAAAAAAGCAGGUGCUGGGGGCGUUCUGAGCUACAUUGACACUGGCACUUCAUUCAUCUUUGGCCCUCCUAGUUUGGCCAAGAAGAUUCACGAUACAAUUCCGGGAUCCUCGAGUCCUGACGGAUUGACCUACACUGUUCCCUGCGACAGCAACAAGCCACUGAAAGUCACCUUCUCCGGAGUCGACUACGAGAUCUCUGCCGAGGACUGGAUAUCACCAAAGGACACCUCGGGCAAUUGUACCAGCAACAUUUAUGGUCACGAGGUUGUUGGCGGGGCAUGGCUCCUCGGCGACACAUUUCUCAAGAACGUCUACGCAGUUUUUGAUGUUGACCAGAAGCGCGUUGGGUUUGCGGUUCCAGCUGACUCCAAGGGCGGGUCGAGCUCCAUGCCCAGCAGCGGCAGCAGUCCGCCGACGUCGACAACUGUAGGUCCGACGGCUGUUACUGCAACGUCACUGGCUACUGGUGUGACAUCUCAGUCUGACUCUUUCACACAGUCCCAGCCACCAAGACUUGGUCUGAGCGGCCACGAAACUGGCUCUGCCGCAUCUCGCAGUGCUCCUGCCAGGUCAACGGAAUCGACAAAGUCUGCGGCAUCAGGCGCGAGCUCGUGGCAAAGCGCCAAACUAGCUGUGAUGAUGUUGUUUGCGGGCUUGGCAGCUUCGGCCGUGUAA